AUGGCGCUUGUCACCCAAGAGCUGCUUCAGGUCGCUGAAGAACUUCGCGUCGUCGUGCCACGUGGCACCUGGCAGAGCUACGGCAGCGAGGAGGAAAUCCGAAAGCAGAAAGACACGGACCGGGUCGGUGCUCCAUCCAUACCGAGUCGCCUACCUAUCACAGUCCACUUCGAGAUUGCGCGACAGGCCAUUCUGCGUCACCGCACCUCGGCGCACAACGGCUACAUCACAAAGGAAGCGAACGAGGACAGCCGCGACCUACGAUCCGUCGACAACCCGCUUUACGAGGUGAUGCGCGAUGAAGUGGACACCGGCGUGCAGGCCGUCCCACGGCGAACGACUGCCUCCACGCAAACGCACCACGCCCGGCGUGUGAACGCGGUGGCGCAGGCGGAGCCGACUGUCGUGGAUGCGUGCAUCCGGCACGUGCCCCCGCCGAAGGAGGAGCAGCCGAAUCUCCGCGCGUUUCUCGACAAGGUGCUCCCGCGCACGCUGCUCUGUCUGACGCAAAACUACCAGGUGCCGAUCUACACUGACGACUUCCGAAACUUCAACGAGGACGACGCCGUCAUCGCUACCCAUGACGAGCUCGUCCUGAUUGAGAAGGCAAACUACGUCCACAACUCUACCAAGGGGCGGAAGGUGAGCGGGGUGAGCUGGCGCAGCGGGCGGAGGCGCGACCACUUUGUGUGCGUCGCCUCGAUCGCCUUGCAGACGUUGCCAGAGCGCCUGCAGGCUAAUCGGCGGUGUGAAAGCAGCGUCUCCCUUGUGUGGGACUUGAAUGACCCGAUGCAUCCCCGCUACUUGCUCGAGGCCCCGGAGGAAGUGCAGGUGCUUCACUUUCAUCCAACUCGGCCCAGCUUGGUUGCCGGCGGUUCCCUCAAUGGCCAGGUUUUUCUCUGGGAUCUCAGCAAGGCCGACAUAGUUAACUUCUUCUCCAACGCAAGCCAGCAUCAGCAGUCGCAGAAGCCGCAAUCCAAUGCGGCGGCUGUCGGCGGUGGCAGCGAGGAGGCAGGAGAGUUCCGAGAGGUGAGCGAGGUGCCCCGCAUGCCGGACAGUCUCAAGGGUAUUAGCCUCGAGGUCGAUGGAGAUGUCCGGGUCCCUCGUCUGCAGCCGUCUCAGCAAUCGCGCGUCGAGUUGUCGCACCAGGGCCCGGUGCAUGACCUGCAGUGGCUGCCAGAGAAAAUCGAGUUCGGCUUUGACGGCAAGCAGACAGUCGUGAACGAGACCCACCAAUUUGCUACCCUCAGUGAAGACGGCACGAUGCUUGUGUGGGACACGCGCCCGCAACACCUGCCGCAGGAUAAGCUGCGCAAGAUUAAGCAUCAAAGCCGCACCAGCAGCAACGAGCAGCCAUGGGUGCCACUGCUGCGCUAUCAGCUGACAAAGCCCGACGGCACUGGUGAGAUGCCGGGUUUCCGCUUCUUCUUCAACGGAUGCAGUGUGGACGACUCUCCUUCCUAUGCGGCUGUUGUCGCCAGCACUGACGGCGAACUUGGGUUCUGCUCCAUGGUCGCUCAGCACGAGCGGCGAUCCUCGAUCGUUGUCCCCACUUUUGGGUACACGAAAGACACACGGUUUGUGCGGUCGGUGGUGCCGUCGGCACACGCCGGGCCCGUCUACUGCGUGGAGCGGCACCCGAUCAUUGGUGACGUCUAUCUGACCUGCGGUGAUGGCUGCUUCAAGGUUUGGCGCUAUGGGCUGCUCAUGCCACUGUACGAAUGCCCGCAGAGGCCCGGAAAUGUCAUGUGCGCGGCGUGGUCUCCAGGCCGCCCCGGCCUCAUUAUCGUUGGCACGGGUAAUGGAAUGGUGGAGGUCUGGGACCUGCUCGACCGCAACCCCGAACCGAUGCUGACACACCAUCUUGUUCAGGACGCCAUCACAUCCAUCGCCUUCCAGCCGUUGCCACACCGCGUGACACGUCGGUACACGCAGCAGCUGCUGCUUGGCACCAACCUCGGCUCUUUCCACUGGUAUGUCCUGCCUCCAGCGUUGUCGCGCGCGUCCAAUGGGGAGAAGAAGUACGUGCGCGCUAUGCUUGAGCGCGAGACGCGGCGCGUCGCCUACUACGACUGGCGCUGGUCUGAACGGCAGUCUGAGAUUGAUCGCUUUGGCCUCCAAGGUGCAGCGGAACGUCUGCGCGGCACGAUUGCGCAGACGGCGUCGAGUAACGGUGUGGCAGCGCUGCCCGGAAAAGAGAACGUUGACGCGACUGAUUCCCUACUCGCCGAGCGUCGGCCAGUCAAGGAGGAGACAGACUUGGGGGAUCUGAACAACCCGUACGCCCAGGACCCGCAGCGUGAUGAAGAGUUCCUGGAGCUGGUGGAGAAGCUGCACCGGCAGGAACUUCAACGCAUGGAGUCGGAGUCGACCGCCUGA